CUGGUGCCUGUGGAGAGAGACAAUGUAAUCUACUGCUCCUGUGGAAGAACCAAAAGGCUUAGAUUGAUGCUAGGAUACUAGAUAAUUAAACACAAGGCAGAAAUGUUUCUUAUUCAUCCUUGUUCUCUGAGUGCAAAACCUUUGUAGAUCAGCACGAAAGUCUUUUUCGUCAUCAUGUUCUAAUUCCAGGGUGGAAUUCUGAGAUUAUAGUGUUGGCAUCACCAUGGUCAAUUCCAGAAUUCCAAAUAUAAACAUAAUUCUUCUAUGGCAAGAUGAGGCUGAAGCCAAAAAGCUUCUUUCAUUUUUUGUGCUUAGAUAAAAUAUACUGCUUAUUAUCUGUCAGAAAUGCCAGAGCUCUGACAGCUUACUUUCAUCUACUUGAUGUUCAUAAGAAGAACGCUUUGAAUAAUUUGCAGUUUUACCGCUUCCUUCACCAUGUAACUAAUCUGUCCUCAGCUCAAAUCAUGCUGGUCUUUGAUUUACUGGAUUGGGAUGGCAAAGGGGAAAUCGGCUUUGACGAAUUCUAUAUGUUGGUGUGCAUAAUAAUGGCCCAUGAGAACCAUCUUGAAAAACAGUUCAUGUAUCGUCAUUCUCAUGCUGUUUUUGAGUUGCUGGACAUUGAUGGGGGCCAUACAGUUGCUCCAGCAGAGUUCCAGGCCACACGCUUCCUUUUCAAUGUCAGAAAGACUGAGCUGAGUCAAAUAUUCAAGGACUUUGACAUCUCAGGUGAUGAGCAAUUGAACUACAAGGAGUUUAGAAUGUUUACGAUCUUCUGCAUUGAUAGACAACAGAGGAAAGCAAAAGAUAAACUGAAGAAAGAGAUGGCGAAAGCUGCAGGUGAAGUUGAAACAGGAGUAUACUGAUUGUACCAGAUUUAAACAGAACAAGAAGUUCUAACAGCAUAUAAAAUUGAUCUAUGACAGCUGUCCAAGAUUCAGCAAAUUGAACCAAAAGGAAAACCUUGCAAAAUGUUCAAAACAAUCACAAGAUAUAAGUGAGCAAUAACAAGAUGGGGUGCUGUGUUAUGGAAAUGUUCUGUGUUCUUGAAAGAAUAAAGCACCUUUUAAAGUAUAACCUAUUUUUCAAAAAGUAAAAAAAGAAGGCUGAAAAUCAAGAAACAACCGAUCACUUAUUGGGAUGAAUUGUGUGAUUAGAAAAAUGGAAGAAUUGCAUGGACAAUAUUUAAAAAGGCCACGAUAAGAUGGAACACCUUGAUCUAAAAUGGAUGAAUGAAUGUCUGGAAAGUCCAGAGCUCUAGGCAAGUUUGAGAAAUCAAAACACCCAUCCUCCCACCUAUCUUUUUUGGUUUUCUUUAUUUAACAUGGCCAAUCAUCCCAACCAGCCUGGAGUUGCUUCAGGCCAAAACUAACUCCUUUUAAUGCCGUUACACCCCAACUGAUUCAUUGUCUGAUCUUCCAUGUCCAUAACUAUACAUUUGCAGGACUCAACACUUUCCUUUGACUUUGUUUAGAUUGACUGCACGUCUAAAAAGAACAUAUUGUGGCCUACUACAAAUAUCCAUGGAAUAUAAAUAGAUUCUAGGCACUACACUUAAGGAAAGUGCUCAAAUAGAUAUUGCUAUCCCUUUAUAGAGAUACUUAUAUAGAAAUAA